AUGGAAGGCAUAGAACACAGGACGGUGGAAGUGAACGGCAUAAAAAUGCAUGUAGCAGAGAAAGGGGACGGUCCUGUGGUGUUGUUCCUCCAUGGCUUCCCUGAGCUCUGGUACUCCUGGCGCCACCAGAUUCUGGCUCUCAGCACCCUCGGGUACCGCGCCGUGGCUCCUGAUCUACGUGGCUAUGGAGACACCGACGUCCCCUCUUCGGUGAGCAGCUACACCAUCUUGCAUCUCGUGGCUGACAUCGUCGCACUCAUAGACUCACUUGGUGUGGAUCAAGUCUUCCUCGUGGCCCAUGACUGGGGUGCUAUCGUAGGUUGGCACGUCUGUUUGUUAAGGCCCGAGAGAAUCCGGGCCUAUGUUUGCCUCAGCGUCCCUUUCAUGCCCAGAAACCCAAAAGUGAGGCCCGUUGAUGCUAUGCGGGCCCUAUACGGGGAUGACUACUACAUCUGCAGAUUCCAGGAGCCAGGCAAGGCGGAAGCUAUGUAUGGCAAUAAUAACUUGGAACCAGUAAUCAAGAGCAUGCUUACAAGUCGGAGACCUGGACCACCAAUCCUUCCCAAAGAAGGAGUGGUUUCCAAUCCUGAUCAUUCAAGGCCCCUUCCAUCCUGGCUCUCACAGGAAGAUCUGACUUAUUAUGCUUCUAAAUUUGCAAAGACAGGCCUAACUGGGGGGCUCAACUACUACAGAAAUCUCAACCUCAAUUGGGAGCUCACAGCAGCAUGGACUGGAGUGCAAGUGAAAGUUCCAGUGAAAUUCAUUACAGGUGAUUUGGAUGUAGUGUACACUUCACUAGGGAUGAAAGACUACAUUAAGAGCGGUGCUUUCAAGAAAGAUGUGCCAUAUUUGGAGGAAGUGGUUGUGCAGGAAGGGGUUGCUCACUUCAACAACCAAGAAGCUGCUGAGGAUUUAAAUAAUGUGGUCACCAUUGAUCUAUUUUGCAACAUAGACGGCAAUCCUCUUACUCCCGAAGCUAAAUUGGAUGUUGGUUUUGUUUUUGUUGCAUGGAUUCGGUGUAGGGACUGGUUUAAGUUGACAAAGUAG